AUGAAUUCCAACGACACAAAAUUGGAUCGAUCCACCGCAGAGAAAGAUACUACCCAUGUUGUACUUGGCGAGACUCACGAUAUCGGAGCGAAUCUGUACCUGGAGGCAGAGCAGUUAACUCCCGAGGAACUGGAGACUGAGGGCGCAGAGGUGCUGAAAAUUCUUGACUGGCGGAUUAUGCCCAUGCUCUACCUAACCUAUGUUAUUCAAUUCCUCGACAAGCUAUCACUUAAUUAUGCAUCGGCAUACUCCUUAAUCCCAGACCUUGCUCUUGAAGGCCAGCGAUACUCAUGGGUUGCGGCUAUUUUCAAUUUCGGCUAUCUCUUCUGGGCCCUCCCAGCCAACCUCCUAAUUCAGCGAUUGCCAAUUGCAAAGUACAUGGUGAUGAAUCUUACAUCAAUGUUCUAUAAGCGCUCUGAACAACCCUUGCGCAUGGCCGUCUGGCUCAGCGCAAACGGCAUGGCCACGAUGGUAGGAGCACUUCUAGGAUUCGGCCUCGGCCAUUCACACAACACCGCGCUCCGCAGCUGGCAAUUAAUCUUCUUAACCAUCGGACUGCUCAACUUCCUCUGCGCCUGUGUCUUCGUCUGGGUCAUGCCCGACUCACCCGGCUCUGCCCGCUUCCUAACCCACCGACAGCGCGUGAUCGCCGUGCAGCGUGUCGCCGAGAACAUGAUCGGGGUGAAGACCCGAGAUAUCAAACCACGCCAGGCACUGGAGAUUCUCUACGACCCUAGAGUUCUCUGCUGCGCGGGCGUCGGUAUCGCCUGCGGUGUGAUUAACGGCGGCUCAUCGAAUUUCGCAUCCGCUUUGAUCAAAGGCUUUGGCUUCAGUGGGAUCAACGCUACACUCCUCCAGCUACCUACAGGUGCGGUCGAAGCGGUGGUUGUUCCAAUCUGCGGCAUCAUCGCAACAUACGUUAAAGACUCACGCUGCAUUGUUCUCGCAGUUGUCUGUUUGAUUCCCUUCGCUGGUCUGCUGGGCAUCCGCUUUACCAGUCUCGACCAUCCCUGGACUUUAGUUGGAUGCACCUGGCUGCAGUAUCUCAUCGGUGCUCCCGUCAUUAUCUCGUGGAAUUUACUUGCCACCAAUGUCGCCGGCCACACCAAGCGUGCUGUCGCGAAUGGUCUCUGGUUCUCGCUAUAUGCGGCUGGUAAUGUCGCCGGAGCAAAUAUCUUCUUCACUCGCGAGGCCCCGCGCUAUUACUCGGGCUUGCUGGGCCUGCUCAUUUGUUAUGCGGGAAUUGUUGUUCUAGCAUGUGCAUCAUAUAUAUCGAUGAAAUGGGAGAAUGCAAGGAGGGAUGCUGCAGAGGUUGCGGCGGGCCGUCUGGAGACACCGGAGGAGAUAGCCUCUCAUGCUAUUUUCGAUGGCUUUAACGAUUUGACGGAUAGAGAGUCCAAGCAUUUUAGGUAUGCGCUUUAG